AUGUCGGCCCGCGUUCUUUUUCGUUUCGCUCUGCUUCCGCUGCUGCUGGGGAAACGGGCUUUGGCAGAAAUUCGCUACUCCACCCCCGAGGAGGUUAAAGAUGGAACUGUUGUUGGGAAUCUUGCAAAGGAUUUGGGUCUUGACGUGGGCUCUCUGGUCGAUCGCCGCUUCCGAGUGGUUUCCGAAUCAAAGGAGGCCUUUUUCGAGGUAAACCAGCAGAACGGGGUGCUGUACGUGAACAAGCGGAUCGACAGAGAUGAUUCGUGUCAGGGCGGCGGCGCCUGCCUCUUUGAGCUCAAAGUCAUUGUGGAGAACCCUUUGGAAAUACAUUAUGUCAUGAUAGAAAUCACAGACGUCAACGACCACGCUCCUGUUUUUAUAGAAAAAGAGCAAAAGUUUGAAAUAGCUGAGCACACGUUGCCCGGUAAGCGAUUCAAGCUGCAUGCGGCGCACGAUCCCGACGCGGGGAUGAACUCCAUCCGCGCCUACACGCUGACGUCAAACGAGCAUUUUGAAGUUGAAGUUCGCCAGAGCGAUGAGGAGAAAAUUCCUUUUUUGGUGCUGAAGAAAUCUCUGGACCGGGAACAAAAGGCAAAACACUCGCUGCGGGUCACAGCGCUGGAUGGAGGCAAACCCCCACGAUCGGGGACGCUGAACGUGUCCAUUGUUGUACUCGACAGCAAUGACAAUAGACCAAUGUUCGGUCAAGAUAUUUACCAAAUUACAAUCGCGGAAAAUAUCCCGAUAGGUACUUCAAUAUUUCAAAUGAAUGGUACAGACCCGGAUGAAGGGGUUAACGGAGAAAUCGAAUAUACCCUCGCAAAGGCAUUGAAGAAAAGUGUAUAUCGUGUUUUUGAAAUGGAGAGAUUGACUGGGAUUGUAAGAAUAAAAGGACACGUAGACUACGAAGAAAAUGAUAUAUUUAAACUCGACAUCGAGGCAUCCGACAGAGGAACACCUGCAAUGACGGGUGAGUGCAGAGUCAUUAUCAAGAUAAGAGACAUGAAUGAUCAUGUUCCAGAAAUAGAAGUGACUUCCCUGUCAAAUAUGGUGGCAGAAGACUCCAAACCUGGCACCGUUAUUUCCCUCAUUAGCGUGAAGGAUAGAGACUCAGGUGUAAAUGGCAAAAUUCUCUCCGCCAUAACCAACGACGUCCCUUUUGAAUUGAAGCCAUCCUACAAAGAAAACAUAUUUUCAGUUGUCACGAAAGAAGAUUUGGACAGGGAGGAGGUCUCUCAUUAUGAAAUUGAAAUAAAAGCCAGCGACUGCGGUGAACCUCCUUUAUCAAAUGUAAAAUCGCUCAAUAUUCAGAUCUCAGAUGUGAAUGAUAACAGUCCGCACUUUGAAAAGAGCCCCCUUGAGUUUUAUUUAACAGAGAACAAUGCAGCUGGGAGUUCAAUUUUCUCCAUCAGUGCAUCAGACAAAGAUAUAAACGACAAUGCCGCUAUUUCCUAUCGUAUCGUGGGAGAGAGACGUCAUACUGACAUCGCAUCUUUCCUCAACAUUAACUCUGAGACUGGAGAAGUGACGGCGCUGAAGAGUUUUGACUUUGAGACGCUGAAAAGCUUCCAGUUCCAGGUGUCGGCCACCGACGGCGGAAGUCCUCCGCUGAGCGGCAACGUGACGGUGAAGGUGUUCAUUCUGGAUCGGAACGACAACGCUCCGGUCAUCCUGUAUCCGCUCGGCUCCAACGGUUCCGCCCGAGGCGCGGCGGAGAUUCCCCGCGACGCCAAAGCGGGAGACUCGGUGACGAAAGUCCGAGCCUACGACGCCGAUACGGGAUAUAACGGCUGGUUACUGUUUUCGCUGCGGCCGCUCGGCGAGCGCGCUCUCUUUUCUCUGGACCGCUAUACGGGCCAGAUCAGAACACUUCGCCCGUUCACGGAGACGGACGAGGCCGAGCAUCGACUGCUCGUACUGGUCAAAGACAACGGCGACGUUUCGCUCUCGGCCACGGCGACCGUGACCGUCAAACUGGCGGAGCCCAAAGAGGCUUUCGCGGCUUCCGACCACGCGGGAAGCGCGGCCGAAGAGGACGAGCGCGAGGACCGGGUGACUUUUUAUCUGGCGCUGACUUUGGGCUCGGUCUCGCUGCUUUUGGUCAUCAGCGUGGUGGUGCUGAUCGCCAUGCGCUGCUCCAAAUCCGCAGAGUCCACUUCCAAAUAUCUGCGAGACGCUCAUUACGACGGCACGCUGUGUCACAGCAUCCAGUACAGAUCGGGAGACAAACGCUACAUGCUGGUCGGACCCAGAAUGAGUGUUGCUUCCGCCGGCGUCCCGGGCAGCCACGCCGGCACGCUGGUUCUGUCCGACGCCGCACGUGCGGCCGCAGGGGAGGUAAGAAUCAUGAAUCUACUUUAUCUUUUUUUAAUGAAUCUGAAAAAAUAG